ACAUCAUUAGUGAGGGAAUGAUUAUACAUAAACAGUAUGGAGAACCACUUGAUCCAAGCCAAGGUCCUAAAGGGACUAAAUGGAUUUUAAUUAUGAGCGCAGCAAAAAGGCUCUAUGCUGGGAAGAAAUAGAGAGGUGUAUUUCAGCAUUCCAGCUUUUCAGCAGGAGGCAAUACCAUAGCUGCUGGAAAAUUUACAGCAGAAAAUGGAGUUGUCAGAUUUUGGUCCACAUAAUUGGUGAAAAAGGCAUCUUAUGUAUUUCAAUACUCGCCUCCAUUGCUUAUGCCUUACUUUAUGGUGUUGCAUGGCCUUCAUGGGUAUGUGUGCAAUCAAAUAAAUUUACCUUAUGCCCUCAACUUAUAUGCUACUCAAAGGAAAAGUACUGCAUAUUGUUGGGCUUACUACUAGGCACUCAGCUUAAAGAAAUCGACAAGUCUUUCUUGAACAAACACAAGGACCCGGUUGCCAAGAGCAGCACAAAGGAAAGAGACACUAUGUUCUUGGCAGAAUUCUGAAGAGAAUGGGAUGGCGACCCAAGUUUCGAUCAGUUUUUAUUUUUGCUUUCAACGUUCUUGUAUUUCAAUUUUGCAAUAGCUCGAGGUAACACACGUAGGGAGAGAAUAUACAGCAAGUGACUUGCAGUUACUUGUUUGUUGUUUUUACUCUGGGUUCAGGAGACAUGAAUUAGUCUAAGAUGCUGGUUCAAACAUUGCGACAUUCAAAGUUUUCAGUAAAUAGGAAUAUUCAGAAAUCCGUACCAGAAACUGUUUGCUACUGAACCUCAAGUACUUGAAACAACGCAGGUAAACCAAAAAAUAAUGAAAAUGGAACACCAAAGAUAUUCAGAGCGCAAGCAGGAAGAAG